AAGAUGGACGUGGAAGAUGAAAAUAUUCUUGCAGGGAUUUUUAAAGAUUCUUUCCCAGAAAACUGGCAAGAAAACUCUGACUUUUUGCAGUACCUGAGUGAGUUAAGUUCAUAUGGAGUCCAAAAACUGUCACUUGAGCCCGAUCAUCUGGCUGAAGAAAAGAACGAGAUACUGCAAGCCACGCAGAACCUGGCUUUCCAACACUAUAAAACAUUCAUAGAGACGGCUGAAUGCUCAAGGGACAUUUUUAAAGAUUUUCAAAUUGUAGAGAAACAUGUUGGAAACUUACUGGAAAAGUUGCCAAAUUUCAGUGAGGAAUGCAAUGGUGUUAUGCAGAAAGCCCAAGAAAUUAAUGCCAGUCGGCGGAUGAAUAAUCUCACCCUUCAGCGACACACACAACUGCUAGAAAUCCUGGAGAUGCCACAACUGAUGGACACGUGUGUAAGAAACGGUUAUUAUGAAGAAGCACUGGAACUUGCAGCUCAUGUCAAACGGCUGGAGAAAAAACAUGGCAGUAUUUCCAUCAUAGGCACGAUAGUAACGGAGGUGAAGGGUUCCACGCAGCUAAUGCUGAAACAACUAAUUCAACAGUUGCGAACCAACAUUCAGCUCCCAGCUUGCUUACGUGUGAUUGGUUACAUUAGACGAAUGGAUGUCUUUACAGAAACAGAGCUAAGAAUUAAGUUUCUUCAAGCAAGAAGUACUUGGUUUCAAGGAAUACUGAACUCAAUUUCCAGAGAAGAUCCAUAUGUGCACAUAACAAAAACAAUAGAAGCCAGUCGUGUACAUCUGUUUGACAUCAUAACGCAGUACAGGGCCAUUUUUUCUGAUGAUGACCCACUCCUCAGUACGAAGAAGGAUGACACUGUAAGUGAAGCAUCUUUAUUUCAUGGAUGGGUGGUUCACAAAAUCUCUGAAUUCUUGGCAAUAUUAGAACAGGAUCUAAUGAUAGGAGUAGGUGAAAGACUAGACUCAGUUUUAGGGCAGUGCAUGUACUUUGGAUUGUCUUUUAGUCGAGUUGGAGCUGAUUUUCGAGGUUUGCUUGCUCCAAUAUUCCAGCAUGCUGCUGUCAUGGGAUUCAAAAACACAAUGAAGGAAGCUAAUAAAAGAUUUGAGUUGGACAUGCAGUCUUACAAUCUGCUAGCGCAGACAAGUACUGUGGGCUCAGUUCCAUACAUUGCACAAGGGAAUGAACUCUACCCUCCAGCAAUCCUUUUAGAUUACUCCCCUUUGGCUGUGUACUGUAACCAUGUUUUGAGUGGUUUUAAUGAACUGCGACUAUGUGCUCCAAUAUCUGUCGCUCACGAGGUAGCUGAAGCUCUACAGAAUUCUCUUCUGGAAGUGAACAAUGUCAUUCUGUCUUUUCACAGAGCUGAGGAGGCGACAUUUGAUAAACGGGAGCAGGAGAAAUUCACCAAAUUCUGUGACGUAUACGGAGAGACUCUCUUACCCUAUCUACAAAAAUGUCUUCAGGCUUUAUUUCCCCCUCAGCAGUUGUCUGCCCUUCUUGGUGUUCCUGUAAAUUUACUUGAUUUAAAAACUGUUCUCCACAGAAUCACACAUCUGAUGCCAGAAAAGGAGCAACCAGAGAUUACAGAUAAAUCCAAGUCAGAAGAGUCGACCGAACAGAAAUCUCAAGAUUCACUCACGACUGUUAACCAAACACCUGAACAGGAGAGUAUUCAACUGGGGGAGUCUAGAGAUACCAAGGCCAUAGAAACAGACUCUAAUCCACAGGGGGAGUCUAGAGAGACCAAGGCCAUAGAAACAGACUCUAAUCCACAGGGGGAGUCUAGAGAGACCAAGGCCAUAGAAAUAGACUCUAAUCCACAGGGAGGACCUGUCCACCCCAAAAUAGUCCUCCAGACCCCAAACUCUGAUAAAGAAGCUGUAGACUCGGAUACAGAGCUACCAAGUAAAGUCGUCUUCACCACUAGUAGCUGUGAACAUAGUGAACACAGUGAUGUAGAGUGAUGUUGAAAGAAUAUUUAUAUGUUAUAGAAUUUUUGUUUUGAUCGUUGAUUAUUUUAAAAACAUACUUGUAGUAUUGUGUGGAACUUGUAAAAAAAAAUGCAUUUGAUACUGAAAAAUGCAACAAUCUUUAAACAUUAAAAUUAUUAAUAUUUUUGUGAAGUCAAAUGUAAGAAUUAUAUAUUAUACUGGGGUAAUGAUAAUUGGCCAUGUUAUUUCAUUAAAAUUUAUAGACUUA